UCUCUCUCUCUCUCUCUCGUACAGAGCAGCGGCCCCGGACACCACCAGGCAAACAUGAGUUACUCCAGCGACAUUUAUAGCAGCAGCUCCUAUCGGAAGAUCUUCGGAGAUGCCCCCCGGUCCGGCCGCAUGGGUAUGGGCAGCAGCAGCAGCCCGUCCCGCAUUCACUCUGCGGGUUACCGCAGCGGCGGCCAUCGCUCCGUGAUGUCCGCCACCUCCUACCGCAGGACAUCGGCUCCCGGCCGCGUCUUCUCCUCCAUGCCGGACUCCGCCAUGGACCUAACCCAGUCCACCGCGGUCACCAACGAGCUCAAGAUCAUCCGCACCAAUGAGAAGGAGCAGCUGCAGGGCCUCAACGACCGCUUCGUGUCCUUCAUUGAGAAAGUGCACAACCUGGAGCAGCAGAACAAAGUCCUGGAGGCGGAGGUCACCAUGCUGCGCCAGCGCAACAACGAGCCCUCGCGCCUGCACGAGCUCUACGAGCAGGAGAUCCGCGAGCUGCGGGCGCGCGUGGAAGAGCUGACCCACGAGCGGAGCCAGAUGCACCUGGACUGCGUGCAGAUGAACGACACGCUGGAGCGCGUGAGGGAGAAGCUGGACGAGGAGACCAAGCUGCGCGAGGAGGCGGAGAGCACCCUGAAGGGCUACCGGAAGGACGUGGACGACGCCACCCUGGCGCGCCUGGAGCUGGAGAAGAAAGUUGAGUCGCUGCUGGACGAGAUCGCCUUCCUCAGGAAAGUUCAUGAGGAGGAGCUGCAGGAGCUGCAGACGUCUCUGCAGGCCACUCAGGUGUCAGUGGAGAUGGACAUGGCCAAACCGGACCUGACUGCCGCCCUGAAGGACAUCCGGGUCCAGUAUGAGAACCUGUCUGCCAGGAACCAGUCCCAGGCAGAAGAGUGGUACCGAUCCAAGUUUGCUAGCGUGACUGAGGCUGCUGCCCGCAACCAGGAUGCUGUCAAGCAUUCGAAGGAGGAGCUGAGCGAGUACCGCAGGCAGGUGCAGGCCCGCACCCUGGAGAUCGAGGCCCUCAGGGGCCACAACGAGGCCCUGGAGAGACAGAUUGCGGAGAUGGAGGAUCAUCAUAAUAAUGAAAUGGGAGAGAUGCAGGAUACCAUUCAGCAGCUGGAGGCUGCCCUGCGCAGCACCAAAGGGGAAAUGUCCCGUCACCUGCGUGAAUACCAGGACCUGCUGAACGUCAAGAUGGCGCUGGACAUUGAGAUCGCAGCCUACAGGAAGCUGCUGGAAGGUGAGGAAUGCCGCCUCAGCUCCGUUGGUGGAGCCAUGGUGCAGUCUGGUUACCCGGGCUUCUCCUACAUGUCAGCCCGCACCUACACCCUUGGAGCCUACAGGAAGUCUGAAGCCAAGCCUGAGGAUGAAGAAGAAGAGGGCGAAGAAGAGGAGGAGGAGGAGGGAGAGGAGAACGACGAGGAGGGAGAGGAGGGAGAAGAGGGAGAGGAGGGAGAAGAGGGAGAUGAGCAGGAGGAGGGCGAGGGUGAGGGAGAAGAGGAGGAAGAGGAGGAGGAGGAGAAGCCAAAACAGAAAGAGGAGAAGGAGAAGAAGAAGGAGAGCCCUACUGGCAAGAACAGCAAGAGCUAAACUGUUGCUGUCAACAUCAUCAUCUUCAUCAUUAUCAAUAACACAUUCCUCACCUCACCAAUCACUUAAGGAAAUCUGGUCUCUGUUCACAUCAUCUCAGUCACACACACUUCUGCACAGUCCAGAUGCCUCACACAGUCUGUCUCUGUUUGCUCUGUCAUUCAGAAGUGAUUAGUAUAAAGUUUAUUAGAUGGAGAAGGAGCUUUAGAAGGAAAUAGAUGUAUAACAAUUCCAAAAGAGUUGAAGUCAUUUACAUACUCUGCAGAGGUUGACAUAUUACAUCACAUAAGCGCAGAAGACAUGCAGAAAGCUAGCAUGAUAUCUCUUAAGUUUAAAACAGGAUGAUUUUUCCUUAUAGGAGCAACAGUAAAUGUGCCAUUAAUGAUCAAUAUUUACAAAAAGAGCAAUCAAAACCGAAAGUAACAAUUUUUUCAGCACACAGACUUUAAGAUAAACGCACAGAGUAACAGCCAGUCCAACUUUUACGGUGCUAUUUGAUUAUUACAUAUAAAAGUUGGGGAGUACUUUAAGUAAGUAAAAGAUUUUACUCAUAGACCGAUACCAGCUCAUUCCUGAAUGUUGGCUUGUUACACAGGACGAAGAAAAACCCACAUUUCCCACAGCAGGUGAAUGCUUUUCACUCCCCUCUUGCAUCUCUUUCCAUUCCCCUCUAGUCUCAUCCCACCACGACAAACAAAAAUGUACCAUUUUCCAUUCAAGACCUUUUUUCACUCUCCUUAAUUCACUUCGGUGUCACAGCACGGCAAUAAUGGCAACUUGGAGCUCAGAAAUACUGUACAUAGAAACGUGUUGGGAGCGUGUGUGGUAAUUUCCUGUUGCUGGAAAGGAGAAGUGCUGCAGCUUCUCCCUGAGGACGUGCAUCCUUGGGAAUGAAUAAUGUAGAGUUAAAAUUGUCGCUAUCUAUAAUUUUUUGAUUCUUUGAUUGAUUCAUUUGUCAAUCUCACCCGUCUGAGUUAAAUAUUUAUCUGCAAGUCUACUUCCCUAAUUUCCUUCCCUGCAUUAUUAGAAACCAACACUUUUUCUUUCUCUUAAUGUAGUGGUGCUUUUGUUUAAUUUAGCAUGCUAAAGGCAGGUGAAGGUAAGCAUGGCUGUCAGUGUCAGGCAGCUGAUGAUGACACUGACAGCCCUCAGCUCAGACUGCAAGUGGCAGUUGGGGUAGAUGUCGAAGGGGUCAUGGCUGUAUGGUACAGAGUCGCAUAUAAGGGCUAUUUUCACCAUAACCGCUUCUAUCACUUUGAACUAUUACAUUUCUUUGAUGUGUGUUUAUCAGGUCAUCUUCUGAGAUUGUUUUUUUGACAAAUGAAUCAACCAACGGGCAUGAGUGCAUGGCCUGACUCUUCAAGCUUGAAUAUCUGCUGGAUGGGAUAGAUUUAUGCUUGUUGUGUGUUCAAUUAAGAAAACUUGCCUUAACCAUGACUGAAAGUAAAAAAAAAAAAAAACAUGUUUUCACCCCUGUCUCACUUGUUUCCGGGGUGGCUGAGGAGUGCUGACACUUUCCCGACCUCUGCUAUACAACUGUGACUGUACGUGCUGCUAUCUCAUGCAGUGAUAUUCCUCUCAAAGCCAAAUAAAGACAUUUAUUAACCAAA